AUGUCAACAGCCCCAACCCCUUCCACCGAAUAUUUGCUGGCUUGUAAUGGUCACGUGAAUUUGACACAGGCACGUGCCUGGAGCCUAACACAAAUCAAAGUUUUCAUGAUCGAGGUUAUAGACAAAAGUCCCACCUAUGGAGUGAAACGGGGGGUCGUAUCAGAAUUGAAAAGACUACGCACCGAUAUUCUCGAUCUCAGCAAAAAUGGGAGCAGAUAUCAGUCUGAACCCUCCAACCCCCAGGCGAUUUCGAGGAAGGUUAACCCAGCAGCGGCCAACGAGGAUGAAUCGUAUUUCUUGUUGGAUGAAUUGAUAUAUGAAGGUGUUUCAUAUUGGAGUCCCUUUGACCUUUUAGGUAGGUUCAUUUCCCUUAUUGGACCAUCACCCCAAGGUGCCACACUGGAUAAUUUCUACUUACCUCUCACAAUAAUGUACAUCAAUUGGUGUCGCAAACUAGCCCCGAUGAUGCCGUGGGUGUAUUCGUGCGUCUGGGCAGAGCAAAAGGAUAAGCAGAGCCGCUUUCACCUGGGAGGAUCACUUGCGGGAUAUCGCAAUCCAGAGGGGCAGGACAACCGCUGGGUCAAAAUUCUACAACGAGCUCGUUUCAAUGUUCUCCGCGAUGAGAAAACUGACACAGCAGGAAUAAAAUUCGAGUCUACAGAUUUAACGAGUCGAGGGGGCCAUGCUAUUCCUUUUGGAAACUGCGCAGAAACCUAUCCUCUCGCGAAUGUCCUACGGAACCGCGUCCCUGGUGAGGAGGUGUUUGGCAUUGCGGUGAUAUUAAGAAAGCUACCCAAAGAUGGCACAUGUAGCCACUCGCAAGCAUUGGAUGCAAUGACUCCACCUUGCACUAAUUGCCAGCAGGUGAUAACCACAUGGGGUGGGAAAGUAGAGAACUUCAUCACACAUGAUAUGCCACAGAAAAGUCCCAUUAGACGUUUUGAAGUGAAAUCGCCUACAUCGCCUCCUACUCCGGAGGCAUCUGGAUCGAAAGUCGAUGCGAAACGGGCUGCUCCAGCAGACGAUACCGAUGAGCCUGCGGCGAAAAGGGCUAAACGCUGGGCACCUGAGGUUCCUAAGAAGCCAUCUCAUCUAGUCAAGGGAAAAGGCAAACGAAAGUAA